AGUGUCUAAAAUUUAUACAUAGUUUAAGUUGUGAUCUGAUCUGAUUUGCACACACCAUGGCCGAUGACGAAGAUAAGCCCAAGAAGCACACACUUGACACACUUUUUCAGGUUUACUGCAAUUACAAGCUUGCUGCAGCUGAGCUGGAGACGGAAGAGUUCCACAGCAUAUUGCUAUCACAGCUAGACAGUUGGCUGACGCAGGCCAGACUAAUGCCAGCGCCCAUAACUCGCAUUCAAACCGGAUUAAUCUAUAUGCGAUAUAAAAAAUGGCGUCUGGAGUAUGAAGAUUUUCUGGAGGUGCUGCAAAUAUUGUGCAGUGAAUCAGAUCUCAAUUAUGAUCAGUUGAAAGAAACACUAAUUGCCGCCGGGCCACCCUUGGGUGCCACCGAAGUAGUUGUUGUCAAAUAAUUGUAGUCACAACAAUUGUUCAGUUUUAAUUAUAUGAAAAUAUAUAUAAACAGCAUAAUACAU